AUGCAGUCCGCGAUUCAAUCAGUCACACACAACCUGCCACUCUUCGUACAGAAACCCGCCAUUGGCUUGAUCGGUCAAGAAUGCUAUACGACGCUGGUCUACAAUGUCGACUUUAGCUCUUCGCAUUGCGUCAAGUAUGCGAUCUCGAAAACGCUUGGAUUGGGCAUCGUCGUCUUUGGCAGUAUCAUGAAGGUGCCUCAGAUCCUCAACAUUGUCAACAAUCGAAGUGCACGAGGUAUCUCGCUCUCGAUGUAUACACUCGAAGUGAUGGCCUACACCAUCUCGCUCGCCUACGCUGUUCGAUCACGACUGCCAUUCUCGACAUACGGCGAAAACUUGAGCUUGACGUUGCAAAACAUGAUUAUCUUGCUCCUGGUCAUCGCCUAUACUCCCAGCUCGAAGUCGGGCCGUGUAGAUCCAUCGACUCACUCUACCAAGCUCACGGUAGCAGUUGCACUCAUGGCGAUUGGCUCUCUCGCAUCGGCUACACCUUCUGUCAUUACCCACUCCACCUUGACCUUCUUGCAGGCAUUGACAAUCCCGAUCUCGCUCGCGUCUAAGGUCCCACAGAUGCUCGAGCUAUACAAGGACAAGAGUCGUGGUCAACUCAGCAGUAUUGUCGUCUUCGCGCAGCUUCUCGGAACCAUCGCCAGAGUCUUCACUACAAUGACCGAGACGAGCGACAAGCUGUUGCUGUAUGGCUUUGGACUGGCGACACUGUUCAAUGCGGUUAUUGCGGCACAGGUGGUGUACUACUGGAACGGGGACAAGGCUUUGGCCGAGCAGAAGAAGCGUGAUGGAGAGAAGAUCGGGCUGAGCUCUGGUUCAAGCGGUGUUGCUCCUCCUUUCGAGCCUUUCACUGUCAGCACUCAUGGUCCAGCCAAGAAUCGAGGCAGGAAGCUCGACUAA